CUUUGUUGAAGCUGCACGCGACAGGGAGCGGCCUGAGGUUCGGAAGAGUUCCACCCGCAUCUUUCGCACCGCCAGCUUUUUCGUCUUCAAACACCUCAGCUCUCCAGCUCUCUUCCCACCUUCCGUCAUUCGUCACUUGCCACUUCUUUAUCAAAGAUUUUCAGGGUAUCUCUUUUAUUUCCUCCCUACAUCUUAUCUCUAUACUGUUGAAUUUCUUCCUGUUGCCUUCACUCCUCUAAGGCGAUAACCACAGACGUCAUCUUCCAGCAUCAUGGCUGCCGCUCCCGUCAACAGCAACCUCCAGGCACAGCCUGAGUCUCCGUCGGAGAGGCCUAAGCAUACCUCUAGUCCUUCAAAUAAGUCCAAACUAGAUGGGGUGACUGUCAACGGUGUGGACAGCAUUGAAAGCUCGUACUUCAAGGAACUGCAAAGGAACCUGCGCAACACUGUGAAGAAGUUGAAUGCGACUGCCAAAGUCGAUGCAAUCAUUGCCGAGAAUCCCGGAAAAUCCCUAGAUGAUCUAGUUGCUGAGAAAAAGAUCAAUGCCGACCAAAAGGCGCAGGCACUGAAAAAGCCCGCCCUGCAAGGCAGCAUUGCUCAGAUUGAGGAGCAGAUCACCCAUUACAAGGAAUUUGCUGCUCAGUACGAGCAACGCCUAGCCACCCAGAAGACCGAGUUAGAAAGGGCUCAUAAAGAAGAGGUGGACGCUAUCAAGGAGAAAGCUGUCUCUGAGGCCAAUGAAUCCAGUCAAACUGACUUGAGACAACGUCUGCUUAGCUUAAGUAAAUUUCUCUGCGCUGCAGCUACUAUGAGACGCUCUGGCGACGAAACCUCCAGCUUGACCCGUGCCUUUGAGGGUGUUCUCUAUCAGGUUUAUGGAGGGUCACAUGAGGCUGUCAACUCAAUGUUGAAGCUAAUUGAUGGUGUGGAUGAAAAGGUUGUCAGUGUUGAAGGCGAGACCCUAGAUAUCACCUAUGGCAAAGUGAAGCAAACUUCUGAAGAACAUGCCCCCACAGCUGAAGAAGUGACUACGGGUGCUGCUCCCGCGUCGGAUCCUACUUUGUCUAAUGCGGGUUACACUGAACUCCAGGAAUCCUCUUAUGGCACCGAAGCCCCCGCUACGAACGAGCCCACUAGUAAUGCUGCAUCUCAACCCGAGCAGGUCGCUCCACCAGCUCAGACGCUCGUCGGUGAUGCUGCUAACCCUACCGCCGAGGCCAACUGGAAUCCUAAUGCCGGCGAUUCUUUUGCCCCCUCGGCGAAUACCGAUGGCUGGGUUGAAGUGCCACGUGAUCCGACCGAGACUGAUACUGGCUUCGAAGGUACUCCUGCGGCUGCCGACACGGGCGAUAACGUGGCUGCGGAAGCUUCGGGCAACGGUGCUGAAAAUGUCACUGUGCUUAAACCUCAAGGUGGCGACGGUUUCGAAGCGGUCGUGCAUCAUCAGAGACAGAAUAGUUUCCGAGGCCGAGGCCGAGGUGGCCGUGGUCGUGAUGGCUUCCGAGGCCGUGGACGUGGCGAAUUCAGAGGUCGUGGCAGAGGUCGUGGCGGCCGGGGGCGUGGUGGACCUAAUGGUACCCCAGCCACGCCCCCUGCUGGAUCUCAAUAAAUGAU